GGGAGGACAGGAGGGGGGAUGAGGGGCGCCGGGAGCCCGCGCUCCGGAAGUGAAGCGGCCACUCCACCCGUUUAAUGGACGCGCGGCGGCCGCCCAGCGGAGCGCUCUCCGCGCCGGGACAGCUCGACUCGGCUGAGGUUAAGACACACGCACACUAUUGUCUAGAGAUGGUAAACUCCUCCUGAGCGGGAAGCUGAAUGCAUGGCUCCUUGAUUCUGGAGGAACAUCCUGGAACACAUAAACAGGAGUCCUCAUCGUCUUUCUAUGCGACUCCGCAGAGUUUUGGAUGCUAGAGUGGAAGCCUCCUCCUCACUGACUAGAGAGAGGUGAAGCGACAGAAACCAGGAGAUGGUGGGGAAAGCAGUUGUUCCCAGCGUCUCACGGUGAUUAAGAGUCAGUGCCACCCAGCUACCUACUGCCCUCAGAAACAGCAGCAAGCACGGCCGCAGAGCCGCAGGGCUGGUAACUGCAGCCCGCCCCACCCAUCCUGCCCUACCCCAUCAGCCUUGCUUGCGGGUCUGAAGACAGACCGGAAGUUGCCUGGCUCUUGCUACUGGGUAAAGGGAUAAGGCAUUUGGUCCACAAGGUUUUGAGCUGCUUGGGGAGCGAGCCGGACUGGGACUACGUGCAAAAAGCAAAUCCUGGGAAGAUGGCGGUGGCACUGCUGGAAGAGUGGUGCAAGAUGGUGAGUGUGGAUGACCGGAAGUCCUUGAUGGUGAUUGGCAUACCAGCGGACUGUGGCGAGCCUGAGAUCCAGGCAGUCCUCCAGGAAGCGCUCAAGUGUGUGGGCCGCUACCGGCUACUAGGCAAGAUCUUCCAGAAGCAAGACACCACCAGUGCUGUCUUACUGGAACUCCUGGAGGGCACGGAUAUGUCUGUGGUCCCCAGUGAGGUGCGGGCGAAAGGGGGGGUCUGGAAAGUGAUCUUUAAGACCCCUAAUCAGGACACCGAGUUUCUCCAAAGACUGAACCUCUUUCUAGAAAAAGAAGGACAGACAGUCGCAGGGAUGUUCCGAGCCCUUAAGCGUGAGGGAGUGUCUCCAGCUGCCACGCCCUGCACAUCCCCUGAGCUACUGGCCCACUUGGUGGGGCAGGCAAUGGUUCAUGCCCCAAGGCCUCUGCUGCCUGUGAGGUAUUCGAAGCUGCGAGUAUUCUCUGGGAGUACAGCAGCUACCCCAGACGAGGAGCCCUUUGAGGUCUGGUUGGAACAGGCCACUGAGAUAGCCAAGGAGUGGCCCAUUCCCGAGGCAGAGAAGAAAAAGUGGAUGAUGGAGAGCCUCCGUGGCCCUGCCCUGGAUCUCAUGCACAUCGUUCAGGCAGACAACCCUUCCAUCAGUGUGGAGGAGUGUCUGGAGGCCUUCAAGCAGGUGUUUGGGAGCCUGGAGAGCCGUAGGACCUCCCAGGUAAGGUACCUAAAGACCUAUCAGCAGGAAGGGGAGAAGAUCUCAGCCUAUGUGCUUCGUCUGGAAACUCUGCUCCGGAGAGCUGUGGACAAACGGGCCAUCCCCCAGAACAUCGCUGACCAGGUCCGCCUGGAGCAGGUCAUGGCUGGGGCCAACCUUACCAAUGUUCUGUGGUGCCGGCUUCGGGAGCUGAAGGAUCAGGGCUCGCUCCCCACCUUUCUUGAGCUGAUGAAGGUGAUACGUGAGGAAGAAGAAGAAGAGGCCUACUUUGAACACGAGAGCAGGGAAGAGCCAGGGGAAAGGCAGGGCUAUGGCCGCUAAGACAAUGUAGGGAGCAUCUGAGGAACACUUCCACUCCUUACGUGCCCUGGUGGGCAUAAGGACAAUGCUUGACCAGGCUAAUCCCAUUACAGUGGACUCUUCUUUAAUAUACAGGACUGAAGUCAAGCAUUUGAUGGGGUCUCAACUUAUAUCCCAGGCUGGCCUUGAACUCACAGAGAUCCACCUGCCUUUCCUUCCCAAGCUCUGGGAUUAAAGGUAUAUGCCACCAUGCCUGGCUUGAUUUUUCUUUCUGAGAAAGAAAGAAAAAAAGAAAGAAAGAAAGAAAGAAAGAAAGAAAGAAAGAAAGAAAGA